GUCACCGCCAUCCUCUUCUUCUGUCUUACUCGUAUCUUCUCGUGUCUUCAUAGCAAGUCCAAAAUGUACAGCAUCUAUCUGUCUCUCUGUUUCUCUUUGGCUCUGUUGAGCCUUGGUCAGGCGCAGGUCGCCUGCAACCUCAGAAGCCUGUACACCAGGCUUCUCGAUGAUGUAUCACUUUCAGACGCAUUUUGUACAGAGUUCAGAAACCACAAUGCCAACUCAAAGGACUUUUUGUAUCAAUUCGGCACGAACUGCGAGGCUUAUCGAGCAGAGAUUAGCAUGGGUUGCUCGUUGUUUGGUACUACCACGACACAAUUCAUGCCGCAGAUGAAACCCCCCGCGGUGGUGACGGUGACCGAGACAGUCACAAACAGCAAAAGUGCUGGCAUAUGUACACCGUCGGUCAAGAUGGUGACAGUAUCCUUGGAAUCCCAAGCCCAACGACAACGACAACAACCGACGGAUCUCUCUCUGAUUGCAUCGAGUGGUCGUCUGUCUCCUCUGUACGCACCACCUCAAGUACCCAUUGGCAUGGACAAGGAUAGGAGUAUCCCUGACCCGGUCCACGCGGCUCAGUCGAGCUUCCUCACGACACCCACGGCGAGCCCCUUUUCUACGAUGGCUCCUCCUGCGUCCUUUUUUGUACCAUUUUCCUCCGUCCUCACGACGACGUUGAGCACCGUCUAUCAGUCCUCGAUAUCUUCACUGGCGACCCAGGCACCGACGUCGACAGACAGAUACGUUGUCCCAGCACCGUCACCUUCGCUCGUCGAUCGACACAUAUUCAGCCCGCUGGGUGAUUUGACCAUCGACGAGACGACUUCCGCGGUCUCUGGGGCCUUGACCUUCCCCCACGAUGCCAGUUCCGGAGCCGAUGAUGCACCAUCCAUGACCAUUGUGUAUCUGAAGGAUGCGUCCCCAGACACGUGUGUGCACAUGAAGGGAUCGUGGACCCCGCUCUACACCAAGGCGGUCUACGAGUGUGUCGCAAAGACUCGGGCUCCGGACUUUGACUCUCGGAACUACCCGAACGCGUCUACGGGUCUGAGUCUGACGGCCGAGGAUGGGUCGUCGUCAAUCACCAACAGUCGUGCGUUGGGGCCUCAAGCCGAAGGAGACUACGAAGAGGCGAGCUUGUCAUUGUUUGUCACCAAGGACAAGACCUACACCGUGGAGUUCUGGGCCUGCGGGUCCGGCAAGACCUUGGUCGUUGGGGAGUUGAGCUGUACAUAUUAUGCCUGAGAGACGAGAGGAGAGAGGAGAAUGCGGGCGCCCAUGCUUUGUUUUGUAUAUGUUUAGAUUUAUUACACCGAGUAAAGUAAUUAACGAAAGGUCCGAACCCUG